CGACAAGUUGUUGCUGUGCCAUAGCAAAAAAAAAAAAUACAAAUUUUAAACACACAAACACAUACAAAAUAGGCGAAUAACAAAUCAAAUAAAACGACAGCAGCAAAGACAAACGUUUUGUUGCUGCAGCUGCUGUUGCGUUAUAUUCUUGUUGUUGUUUCUCUUUCGAGAGCGCGCGCAAAAAUCGCCAAACUGCAAGUUGUGUUCCUUCCCCACCCCCCUUCCCACCCCACGCACAAGUAAUCAACAACUGCAGUGCGCGCGUUUCCCAUGUGCGUGUGUGUGUAAUGUGAGCAGUGUUGUAAAACGAUGGCACGCAAGGAUGAUCCCGUUUUCAAUGUGAAAUUCGUGGAACUUGUUGAGAAGCAGGCGUGCCUAUGGAAUUACACACAUCCGGGCUACAGCAAAAAGGAGGAGGUGCAAAAGGCCUGGCAACAUGUGGCCAACGAGAUAAAGGACACAGUGCGGAACUCGAGGGAGAGAUGGCGCACCAUCCGGAGCAGUUUCCUGCGAUCCUUGAAGCUGGCACGCACACAAACGGGACGAGGGAAGCGCAAAUACUAUCUGUCGAAAUAUCUGCAGUUUCUCAUACCCUACACAAAGUCGCGUGCCUGCCACAAACAGUUGCAACCCGCAGCAGUUGCUGGACAGCAGCAGCAACAGCAGGGGACGCAAAUCCAUUCACAAAUCCAGACUGCAAAUGGUGGAAUGGUGUUGCGUAAGCCGAGCACAAGCACAUUUCUGGCCACGCUUGGAACACAGCAGCCGAUGACGCGCAUUGGACACAUGCGGCAGCAGCAAUGUGCACCCGAUGAGGACACCAAAGACAGCAGCGAGAGUGUUGCACAGCCGAGUCCCGAACAGCAGCAGCAGCAACACUCGGAUGAUGAGCCGCCGGACGAGCAGCUGCUUGAUGACGAAACGAAUGCAACACCAUUGCGAUUGCAGGCCAUCAAAGUGGAGCAUCAACAGCCGCAUCAGCAGCCACAACAUCCACAGAGCACUGAGAAAAUUGUGGCAGCGCAGCAUUCGCUGGUCACGUUGCCGGUGACAAUGGCGGCCGCAUUGCGCAACAAUCUCGACUGGACGGAGCUGACCGAAUGGCUUAAAUGCAGCACAAGUGGCAGCAACAAUCAUCAUCAGCAGCAGCAGCAGCAGCAGUUUCAUCUGCAGCAACAACAUAAUAAUAGCAGCAGCAGCAACAUGAUGUCGCAUCAACUUGUUGCCAGUACGCCGCCACCAGCAACAGGCACACCUGCACCUGCACCUCCGCCUGCAACCACGUCAGCCACUAUGACAGCAACUGUUGCUGCUGCUGCGGCAUCGCCACCAGAUGCGGAUUAUUCGUUUCUGAUCAGUUUGCAUCCGUAUUUGAAGGAGAUGAGUGGCAAACAGAAUCGACGCUUUCGCCAAAAGGUUGUUGGCCUUAUUGACAAUGUGCUCGACAAUGUCGACAUUUAGCAUACAACAUACAAAUCUAUAUACAACAUGAAAACAAGAACCGACAGUGCCCAUUUGUUAUACACAUAUACAUAUACUAUAUAUAUAUAUUAUCUAGUAAUUAAAUCUAAUUAUACUGUUUUUUUUUCUCUGUCGUGCAUUGUUUUUGUUAACACACACACAGCGAUACAUUUGUUAUAUGUAAUGAAUUGAUGGAUUAUUGUAAUUGAGUGCAACAACA